AUGGCACCGGAUUCUACUGGUAAUACGGGAUUUCAGUUCAUAACCUCUAUUAGCACCGUGGAGCGGGAUGAGGAGACACGCCGAAAGGUGCGCUCGCAUGCCAGACGACAGAAGCUCCCUCACGCUUCCAACCAUCCAUCUCAGCCGAAGAAACCAGGAUCUGCAAAAGACCAUACUUCGAAGUUUAGACUUAAACCCAAAGGCUCGUCCAACCAGGAUGACGUCCCAAGGCACGAGAGGAAGCCUAAGAAGACCAAUUGGCUUGCUGUUAGUGUCGCAAAGGAACUUCCGAACUUCACGCUGUUACACAUAGAGAAGACGCCUUUGACGGAAAGCUUGAUGAAGUAUUGUAUGGCCGUGUGCUUGUCGCCACAAGAGGCAUCCGUAGAGAAAUGGUUUGACCGGGCUGGGGUACCAACAUACUUGAACACAUAUUAUUCCGGAUUCCUCGCAAAUGCCUUCGCCAUGAACCCAGAAGGAACUUGGGUGCAAGCGCUUCAACUGGAUAAAGCCGCCACACAUGCCUUCAUUGCCAUGAUCGCAGCUAUGCACAACUCACUUGCGAGGUGGGCCGACACGAGUACCAUCGACUUCCAUCGAUUCCAAGCGGUCAAGUCUAUCAAUGAGAGGCUAAAUCUGGAAGGCAAGGACGAUAGCAAGCCAAUCUCAGAUGGACUCGUCGUUGCUGUCUCUCUACUGGUUAACAUCGAAACUUUCAUCGGCUCGCUCAGUGCUGCCGCAGCUCACAUGAGUGGCUUAAAGAGAAUGGUCGACCUUAGAGGUGGAAUUGUUGACGGUUUCAAGCACAGCAGUAUACUUCAACGAUCUAUAUCAUGGGCUGACUAUUCCUAUGCCACUGCCGCGCACAAGCCGGUCGCCUUCCCCUUUAUUCCACAACUAGCAUCCUCCCUAGCUCUCCAUGAUCGGUUCACAAGCCGUUCGAUGUUAGCGAAUAUGGAACCACUUGGAUUCAAGGACCUAACCAUCCAGAAUCGCGAAGCGGUCGAGCUUUUCGAACUGUUAUAUUCGAUCACCGAAUGCAUUAAUAACUUCGACUAUGCAAGUCUCGAGAGCACAUUUGGGCAGAGGAUCCAGGUCAGCGACUCGAUCUACAUGAUUGAGUGGCGGCUCUGCCAUCUAGAACAUGCUGCUCGGAGUCGGCAGUCUUGGAAGAGAGCCGGCUCCGUUCCAUUGCUACCAUCGGUCGAGGUCGAUACACAGCCACGAUUCCCUUCGCCGACUGAUUUGUCCGACGUUUUGAUCUACGCUGCGCAUUUAUUUCUUCACCUUGCCAUCCGAGGUCAGCCCCCUUCCGCUCAGAGACAUCGCGCACUGGCAGAAGCGCUUAUGUCGUCUCUCUGCGACCCUGUGUUAGCCUUGGACCUUCUAUCUGAGCCGAAGGUAUACGAAAGUGGCGAGUCACAGGUAACUAGAAGCAGCGUGGAACAAUCCACUACAGCAAACUUAUCUGCAUAUGUCCCAACGUCAGAGAUAUCGCACACGGGCAUGUCGAGGCUCUCCGGAGACGAGCUUCAUGCUAACAUUCUCCUUUGGGCCCUAUUCAUAGGGUCUUGCAUCCGCAUCCCAGUUGUAGUAAAUGAAUACUCGGUCCUAGGCGGUGACCAACACAACUUCUUCAUUACCGCGCUGAAGAACUACUGCCGGAUGAGGAACAUCCUAGAUAAAGAGAUGUUUCUCGCGAAACUCAAGGAUGUCAUGUGGCUUUACAGCUGGUGCGAACACCAACUAGGACUUGUCUGGGAAGAGAUUGCCAACGGCCUCAGACCAUACGUGACGGCGGGGGAUCAAGUGAAUUCCCCCAUGGGUCGUGAUCAACAAGAGCAACAACAGUGA